AUGUCUGCCCAAUUGAUCGAUGGGAAACUCAUCGCUAAACAGAUACGUGAACGUAUACAUUCGGAAAUCGCUGAAUUUCAAUCAAAAGAUGCCUCUUUCAAACCAACUUUAUACAUCAUCCAAGUUGGUUCAAGACCUGAUUCUUCAACUUAUGUCAAGAUGAAAUUGAAAGCUGCCACUGAGGCAAACAUCUCUUGUGUCGCUAAAGUCGUCCCUGAUAAUGUCUCUGAACAAGAAUUGUUGAAAACUAUCCAAGAUUUAAACAAUGAUGAUUCUAUCCAUGGGAUCUUGAUUCAAUUACCUUUACCAAACCAUUUAGAUGAAACUAAAAUCACCAAUGCAGUCUCUGCUGAUAAAGAUGUUGAUGGAUUUGGGUCUUUCAACGUUGGUGAACUAUACAAGAAAGGUGGUGUUCCAAAUUUCAUCCCAUGUACUCCAAAGGGGAUUUUGGAAUUAUUACAUCAAUCAAAUGUUAAAAUUGAAGGUUCAAAUUCUGUUGUCUUGGGGAGAUCUGAAAUUGUUGGUGCUCCUGUUGCAAAUUUAUUGAAAAGUGAAAAUUCAACAGUUACAACUUUACAUUCAAAAUCUUCAAAUAUUGAAUUUUAUUUGAAAAAUGCAGAUAUCGUGGUUAGCGCUAUUGGUAAACCAAAUUUUGUUAAAGGUGAAUGGUUAAAACCUGGCUCUGUUGUUAUUGACGUUGGUACUAACUACAUUGACGAUGCUACUAAAAAAUCAGGUUCAAGAUUAGUUGGUGAUGUUGAUUUUGAAAGUGCAUUACCAGUAGUUUCUAAAAUCACUCCUGUCCCAGGUGGUGUUGGUCCAAUGACUGUUGCAAUGUUGUUAGAUAAUGUUAUAAUCUCUGCAAAGAAAUUCUAUGCCGAUUUACAAAAAGGUGAUAAUUUUUUCAAUAAUCCAUUAAUUUUAAAGUUACAAAAACCUGUCCCAUCAGAUUAUGAAAUUUCAAGAGAACAAACUCCAAAACAUAUCACUGAAAUUGCAAAUGAAUCAGGUAUCUUACCACAAGAAUUAGAACCUUAUGGUUCUUAUAAGGCUAAAGUUAAAUUAGAUUUAUUAGACCGUUUAUCUAACAAGAAAAAUGGUAAAUAUAUCUUGGUUACAGGUAUCACACCAACCCCAUUAGGUGAAGGUAAAUCCACAACAACUGUUGGUUUAGCUCAAGCUUUAGGUGCCCAUUUAAACAAACGUGCUUUUGCAAAUGUUAGACAACCUUCAAUGGGGCCAACUUUUGGUAUUAAAGGUGGUGCUGCAGGUGGUGGUUAUUCUCAAGUUAUCCCAAUGGACGAGUUCAACAUGCAUGUCACUGGUGAUAUCCAUGCUAUUUCAAUGGCUAAUAAUUUGUUGGCUGCUGCUAUUGAUACUAGAAUGUUUCAUGAAUCUACUCAAAAAGAUGCUGCAUUAUAUAAAAGAUUGGUCCCUGUUAAAAAAGGUGAACGUCAUUUUACAAAAUCAAUGUUGGCAAGAUUGGAAAAAUUAGGUAUUAACAAGACUAAUCCUGAUGAUUUAACACCUGAAGAAAUUACAAACUUCGCAAGAUUAGAUAUUGAUCCUGAAACUAUUACAUGGCGUCGUGUUGUUGAUUGUAAUGAUAGAUUUUUACGUGGGAUUACAAUCGGUCAAGCACCAACUGAAAGAGGAUUCACCCGUGAAACUGGGUUUGAUAUCUCUGUUGCCUCAGAAUGUAUGGCUGUUUUAGCAUUAGCAAACUCUUUACAAGAUUUAAGAGAACGUUUAGGUCGUAUUGUUAUUGGUGCUUCAAAAGCUGGUGUUCCAAUCACUUGUGAAGAUAUUGGUGCUGCUGGUGCUUUAACUGCCCUAUUGAAAGAUGCUAUCAAGCCAAAUAUUAUGCAAACUUUAGAAGGUACUCCAGUCUUUAUUCAUGCAGGUCCUUUUGCAAAUAUUUCUAUUGGUGCUAAUUCUGUCUUGGCUGAUAAAAUGGCCUUAAAAUUAGCUGGUACUGAUGAAGGUUCUACAAAUCAACAAGAAGGUUAUGUUGUCACUGAAGCUGGGUUCGAUUUCACAAUGGGUGGUGAAAGAUUCAUUAAUAUUAAAGCUCGUUCAUCUGGGUUAAUUCCAGAUGUUGUUGUUAUUGUCGCUACAGUUCGUGCAUUAAAAGUUCAUGGUGGUGGUGCAGAAGUUAAAGCUGGUGCUCCUUUACCAAAUGAAUAUUUAACUGAAAAUUUGGAAUUAUUAGAAAAAGGUUGUGAAAAUUUACAAAAACAUAUUUCAAAUGCAAAAGAAUAUGGGUUACCUGUUGUUGUUGCAAUUAAUGCAAUGAGUUCAGAUACUUCAGCUGAACAUGAAAUCAUCAAGAAACAAUCCAUUAAAGCCGGUGCAAUUGAUGCUAUUGUUUCAAACCAUUGGGAAGAAGGUGGUAAAGGUGCUGUUGAUUUAGCAAAAGGUGUUAUUGCUGCAUCUAAUGAAUCUAAAGAUUUCAAAUUUUUAUAUGAAUUGGAAGGUUCAGUGGAAAAUAAAAUUGAAUCAAUUGCUAAAACCAUGUAUGGUGCAGGGGAAGUUGAAUAUUUACCACAAGCUGCUAAAAAAAUUGAAUUAUAUACAAAGCAAGGUUUUAACAAUUUACCAAUUUGUAUUGCUAAAACACAAUAUUCAUUAUCUCAUGAUGCUAAUUUGAAAGGUGUUCCAACUGGGUUUAAAUUCCCAAUCAGAGAUGUUAGAGCAAGUAUUGGUGCUGGUUAUUUAUAUGCUCUUGCUGCUGAAAUUCAAACUAUUCCUGGUUUACCAACUCAUUGUGGGUUUAUGAAUGUUGAAGUUAAUGAUGAUGGUGAAAUUGAAGGUUUGUUUUGA